CAGCCAAUAGCUACACAACUUUCAUUCUAUGGCCGCUGGCUCGAGGACAGUGACCAAUCACCAUGGGAGGCGUGAGGUGUACUGUGCGCGGACGCGAUAGCAGCUUCCGGGCGCAACGGAGUGAGCGGCUCUCAGUCACAGUAGUGCCAGACGCUGCUGCCGGGAACAUGGAUCCUGCAUACGGGGAGUUUGGGCCGUGGGGGCCGGGGAGGAAUCUAGAAAGAUUUCAUUUUUCUGAUUUGCCGAUGGACAACGCCCGGGGUAAUAUGAUGAGCAAUUCUGAUGUUGGGCCCUGGUGCGGCGAUGGUUUUGGGAUGCGGUCACCAGGCUUUCCUCAUCAUGAGAGUCUCCCUUUCCAUCUUGACUCUGGGAAUCCAGGAUUUAACAGAAAUGAAGGUUGGCAAAAUGAGCGGGGAAAUGUCUUCUGGGAAAGACCUGUAAGACCUCGCCCAAACUUUUCAGGACCGUUUGGCCAAAGAGAUUCCAGGAUGGCCAGAAAAAACUUUAUAAAAAACAAAAAAAAGACCUAUGUAGAAAUCAAGACCAUUCCAGGAUUGGGCUCGGCAAAGGAAAAAAGUGACACCACAAAGGCUCCAGAGCAGCAAAACAAAACUGCCAGCCAACCAGCAAAAUCAGACGCCACGGUAAAGAAGACUGAAGCACAGAAUGGAGACACAAAGAAAAAUGUGAACAGUCCGCCAAACAAGAAGCUUAAGACAGAGGAGACCACCUCCACUGCAAAUCAGACCCCAACAGAUGACAGACCAGGGAACGAUGAGGCCACCACAACGUUUUCCUGUACCUUGUGCAAGUUUCACACUGAAGACGAGAUUGAACAUCAGAUGCACAUAAACUCCACUCAGCACAGAGACAUCAUAAAAUACCUGUAUAUAUUCUUACCCAACCAGAGAGUGGACUUUAUUCAGGAAUACCUUUUGUAUCUGAAAAGGAAAGUGUCCCGAGAACGGAAGAGGCAGAAUCUACGCCCCGUCAGAGGCUACUUUUCAGGGAUAGGUCAGGAGCAUUUCUUGCAUCGUAUCUCAGUUGCCCACUGCCUGGCUUGUGAUGUCUUCAUCAAGGACGAGCCGCAGCUUUUGUUGGAGCACACAAAAUCAGAGGCUCAUUCAAAUAAAUGCAAGAUUACAAAUAAGGACAUAAAGAGCAGCUGCAUGGCGGCGGCAAAGUCACUUUUAAGUGAUAAAAAGGUUUUACAAUUGCUGGAGAAAUAUAAUAAGGGACAGGAUCCCUUUACCGAAACAGAAAAUGGCACCGCACAGAAGGGAGUGGCCAAUUAUGAAGUUCUAGUUGCUGAGGAAGACGAUGAUCAUAUUGUCUUUGAAGAUGAUGAUGACUUUACUAACAAUCACGAUAAGGAUCCUACUCCUGAUAAUGAGGAACCUGAUAAGGAUGACUCUCUUCCCAGUGAGCUGGAAGCGACAGAAACAGCUCUUCCACAUAACUAUAAUGAUUUCAUAACUCUAGAUGUUGUUGGAACACUUUAUGGGGAUGAUGAGGAUGAGAUGGAAGAAGACGAGGAGGCAGCUGAGGCCCCAUGAUCCACAUCCUAAUGCAUACCCACAUUUCUAGUGAAACAUCACCUUUUGUUGAUUGGUCCUAACUGUGAAUGUUUCUUUUACUUAAUGCCAAUUUCUUCUUUAAAACAUUAUCUAAAGCAAGAAAUGCUCUGUCCACAUGUUGGCUAGUUUAUUGAAUGUCUGGGAGGAACCAAUGUUAUUGCUGCACAAAGGACAGCUGAUUGCACCAGACGUUGAUUCCUGUGAAUGUUGUGUGCAGCUUUUGAUAGAUGUGGGGGUUGAUCAUAAUAUCCAUUUCUCUAACACCUUUGGAUGAGCCAAAAACUUGGGAGCCAUUGAAAAGGCCACUGCAGUACAUGUAUAUCCUCUGAAACGGUUACAGUUGACUAUAAUAUGAUUGCUGAUUGUAGAAGGUGGUAUCCUUGAAAAUUAUUUGUUUAUUGCAGUAUGGCUGAGUGUUUCCCCUUCCAAGCAUCUGCAUUAAAUGACUUUUAUUUGUAA